AGGGAGGGGGGGAUGGCGGAGCGGGUGCCGGAGCCCGAGGCGGAGGCGGAGGCUGAGGCGGGCGCAGGCGGGGAGGCGGCGGCCGAGGAGGGCGCGGCGGGCCGCAAGGCGCGGGGUCGGCCGCGGCUCACGGAGUCCGACCGAGCCCGGCGGCGGCUCGAGUCCCGGAAGAAGUACGACGUGCGGCGUGUGUACCUGGGCGAGGCGCACGGGCCCUGGGUGGACCUGCGGCGCCGCAGCGGCUGGAGCGACGCCAAGCUCGCAGCCUAUCUCAUCUCGCUGGAGCGCGGCCAGCGUAGCGGCCGCCACGGGAAGCCUUGGGAGCAGGUCCCCAAAAAGCCAAAGCGGAAGAAAAGGAGGCGGCGCAACGUGAACUGCCUGAAGAAUGUGGUCAUCUGGUACGAGGACCACAAGCACCGCUGCCCGUACGAGCCGCGCCUGGCUGAGCUGGACCCCACCUUCGGUCUGUACACCACGGCCGUGUGGCAGUGCGAGGCCGGCCACCGCUACUUCCAAGACCUGCACUCGCCCCUGAAGCCCCUCAGCGAUUCAGACCCCGACAGCGACAAAGUGGGCAAUGGCCUGGCGGCUGGCAGCUCCGACUCUUCCAGCGCCGGCUCGGGCUCUGACUCCGAGGAGCCCCCUGAGGGCCAGCCGGCCAAGGGAGCGGCGGCAGCGGUUACCCCCAGCAGCCCGGCGGGCAGCAGCGGGCUCAUCACGCAGGAGGGCAUGCACAUCCCCUUCGACGUCCACCACAUGGAGAGCCUGCCUGAGCAGGGCACCCCACUGUGCCCCAACCCGGCAGGCAGCGGGCCUGAGGCCCUGGAGACGGUGGUGUGCGUGCCAAUGCCCGUGCAAGUGGGCCCGGGCCCCAGCACCCUCUUUGAGAACAUGCCCCAGGAGGCGCUGGGCGAGGUGGUGGCCAGCUGUCCCAUGCCGGGCAUGGUGCCUGGCUCGCAGGUGAUCAUCAUCGCCGGCCCCGGCUACGAUGCCCUCACGGCCGAGGGCAUCCACCUCAACGUGGCAGCAGGCAGCGGUGGCCCCGCUGGGGGCCUGGGGGACGAGGUGCCCUGCGCCAUGAUGGAGGGUGUAGCGGCCUACACCCAGACGGAGCCCGAGGGCGGCCAGCCCAGCACCCUGGACCCCGCCGCCAUGGCCGGCAUCGAGACCAAGAAAGAGAAGGAGGACCUGUACCUGCUUAAGAAGGAGGAGAAGGAGGAGCCCGUGGCCCCAGAGCUGGCAGAGCUGGCAGCGACAGGGCCCAAGAGCACAGAGCCCGAAGCAGAGGCGGACGGGGAGGAGCUGGACGGCAGUGACAUGUCAGCCAUCAUCUACGAGAUCCCCAAGGAGCCCGAGAAGAGGCGGCGGAGCAAGCGGACUCGGGUGACGGAUGCCGAUGGCCUGCUAGAGAUGUUCCACUGCCCCUACGAGGGCUGCAGCCAGGUCUAUGUGGCCCUCAGCAGUUUCCAGAACCAUGUCAAUCUUGUGCAUCGGAAAGGGAAGACCAAAGUGUGUCCACACCCUGGCUGCGGCAAGAAGUUCUAUUUAUCCAACCACCUGCGGCGGCACAUGAUCAUCCAUUCAGGUGUCCGUGAAUUUACCUGCGAAACCUGCGGCAAGUCCUUCAAGAGGAAGAACCAUCUGGAGGUACACCGACGCACGCACACCGGCGAGACGCCCCUGCAGUGCGAGAUCUGUGGCUACCAGUGCCGACAGCGCGCGUCGCUCAACUGGCACAUGAAGAAGCACACGGCCGAGGUGCAGUACAACUUCACGUGCGAGCGCUGUGGGAAGCGCUUCGAGAAGCUGGACAGCGUCAAGUUCCACACGCUCAAAAGCCACCCGGACCACAAGCCAGCCUGACCCAUCCAACCACUGACCGCCCCUAUUUAUUCAUCCGCUCGGACACGACGCCCGGGCUUGCCGGGGCCCGGACAGCCGCGGGGGCCUCCCGGACCGCGGGCCGGAAGGAGGCGCCCCUGCCCUGCCCCAGGGCUGGGCCCCCCUCCCCCGGGGCUGGUCCCCCCCAACCCCGCCCUAUCUCUGGAGGUGGCGCCUGGGGCCGCACUGCUAGAACUGUGUCAAGAGAGCAGAGCGAGAUUAAAGAGUGAGAAAGGAGACGCCCUCCCCCUAGGCCUGGAUGAUUUGGGGGGCCGGGCCCCUCUUUGUCUCCAUCCUGGUCCCUUCCUGAUCAAGGUCAAGGCAGGCGGUGGUGUCCCUACAUGCCGGACACUGCCCUUUCCCUCACAGCCUCUGCGCUGCCUCAGCUAUCUGGGCCUGGCAGCUCCGAACACUCCCUUGCCGCAGGCCCAGGGUUGGGAGGUUGGGAGCCUGGAAGGCCACUGGACAUCUCCCAAGACUCAGGAUCCUGAUGCCCGCUCCCAAAUCCCUCACAGAACACGCAUUCCCCACCGUUAGAGAGCUCAGGGACCGGUUGGGGAGAUGUUCAGUAGAGCCCUAAGUAAGACAUUUACAGCUGUGACAGGCCCCGUGCAGGAAAUAGAGUGAUGUUAGUUUCUGGCUGUUUAAAUCGGUGGUCAAGGAGGUCCUCUCUGAGAUGGUGGCAUUUGAACAUAGACCAGAAUGACAAAGAGGUUCCGUCCCUGAAGAAAGCUGGAGGAGGCAAAUCCCAGGCCGAAGGAACAGCCAGUGCCAAAGCCCAGAGGUAGAACGGCUCGGCGUGUUCCUGGAACAGGAAGCCGCGGUGGGGAGGGGAGUUGGCAGCGAUGGGGCGGCUGCCCUGGCCCCAUUUCCCGGAGGAGGAUGCUGAGGUCGCCGCCGCCUCCUGCCGGCCGCCAGCAAGAGAGGCGGGGAGCGAUACAAGGCCGUCGGCCGCCAGGUGGCGCGCAAGCUGCGUGGGCCCUGGUGGCUGCAGCCACGUGACCCUGGGGACCGCAGCCGCGAGCCUGGGCACGUGCCCGAGGGAGCCCUGUGGCGCCACGCGCAGAUUGGCCCCUUAGCUCCUCACCAGCUCGUGGGGGCGGGGCCGCAGCUAGGCUUCAUUUUACACUUUGGACCAGGGGUUGUCCCAACCAGGGACGGACAUGUCGGCGAGGAUGAGCAAGUCCGGCCGCUGGGGCCACCCACGCGAGCUCCCUAAAUCUCCCAGGGCUCAGUCCCCUUCUCUAUCCCCGCACAUCCAGAGCCAGCAGUUUCCAUGGAAACCGCAUCCGGGUCUGCGCGCCCAGGAGGCGCUCCCCUCCCGGCACAGGCACAAUUUGCAAUCCGAUAGGAGCCGGGAGGAACACGGGGUGGGGAAGAAGCCCUCGCUCGGGGUCUCUAGGUUCGACAGCCAGGUCGCCCCGGCAAACCCAAGAGGGGCCACCCGGGGACCUACAACGCCACCGCCCUGAUUGCGCGGGCCACUGUGAUUGGCCUGUUCUCUCCAUCAGCGUGGCAGCGCUAUCUGCUGCGCGCUCUCUCAUUGGCUCAAUCUCGAGGGCAUCCUCCCGCAAUUGGUUCUCUCGAGGGCAGUCUCUGAUUGGUCAAAUAAGGCUCUCCUCACUCUGUUUGAUGGCAUUCUCGGACAGUCUGGAACCUAAAAGGGCGUACAGGGACGAGGAUACGGUGGAGGCUGCGACUCCCGGACGAAGGGCCCGGUGCUACCCAGCCUGCAGCGCCCUCGGCCAGACCGUCGGGCCGCUGUCUGUGGUGCUGAAGUCUCAGUCGAAAGCGACCCUGCCCUAGUGAGAACAUUUCCUCCCGCCUGAUAGCGGUCCCGACGUAAACGUGCCCUUGAGCUCGCGCACCAAAGGAGGCUGCACCAACCGCUAUUGCCUAAGAGAGAAGCCAGAUUCCCCCUAGCUGAGAAGAAGCGUGACUCCACAGGCAGGCCAAUCCCGAGCCUGGAAAGCCAGGACAUUUAUACAACAGAUCCACCCACCCAAAAUUUAUGGCGUCUGAGAAGGCCCGGUGGUUUCCCGGAACAGCAGGGCGCCAGUGGGUUUGGCCUGGAAUUCUAAGCCCCAAACUUCUUCACCCCCCGCCUUGGAUAAGUGCUGAGUGCGCUUGCACUGUGGGGUGCCAGUCCCCACCUUUCUAACGAACCUUUUGAACCUAGCCCACUCAAAAGCCGCACGGUCCCAGUUCCUUCUGCAGGCAGACGAGAGGCCCUGCCACCCCCACCUUUCUCCAUUGGUCUUGGGAGGCUACACCUGCUGCCCCCAAAUCUGGGGACCUGGGUCUCUGCUUAUAGAAAUCUUGGUUCCUCGUCCCUUUCCAGUUUUCUUGGUGGUCAACAACUCCGGAAGGCCACCGAUAUCUCCUCGCUCUCUUCGCUCUAAGAGCUCAGGGUGUUGGACCCAGGAGGGGAGCCGUCCCUGUCUUUCCGGCAGAAAGCCCGCCCAAGAAGGGGCGGCAAUGCAGGAAGCAGGGUCCACGGGGGGAAGGGGGCCCGAAUCUGACAACCCGAGCCCCCAGGGCGUGCUUUCUGGGGGUGCGGAGUCCCAGCCAGCGCGUGCUCGCUUCCACCUGCCGCGCCGUCGGGCGCCGGGAGGAGGCGGGGCUCAGCUGCCGCAGCCAAUAAGCGACGCCGGCUCUGGCAGCUGCUCCUAUAAAGGGCUGGGGGCGGCGGCGUCGCGGCC